AUGGGAGAGCCAUGCGAAGAAACGGAAUGCGACACCUGCGAGGAACAUAUAUUGGGAUCUCCAAUGGAAUGCCUUUGCUCGGCAGUCUACUGCGGAGACUGUUUCCAUAAACAUAUCAGAAAAAUGGAAAUAAACGGACGUGGAGAUGAACACAGACAAGCAGAGACCUGGGAACCAUCCGUGGCAGAUAUGAUCUGGGGAAAGGUCACGAAGGCCAUUGCAGAAAUAGACCUUUCCACGCUAUUUAUCGAAGAUGAGAAGGCGAAAUGGUUCGGACACUGGUCGCAAAUGUCCGAACAAGAUGACGAGACAAAUUCAAUCGAGACUCAAUAUAUUGUGGAGACAUCAAGGUUGAGAGAUCUUAUGGCACAAUCUUUGAAUUUCGGGCCGGACAGCCCUUCGACUCAGUUUCCGAGUAUAGUAUCAUUUGUCGGCGCCUCUGGGGCUGGGAAGUCUUUACUGGGUUGA